UCUGGGCGGGAUGCUUGCUGGCUGGCGGCGGUGCGGCGGCGGCGAGAGGAGGCUUCAGUAGUCAGGCAGCCGGCCCCUGGAGUGCGUCGUAGCGUCGUGCGUGCGUGUGUGUGUGAGAGGCUCGGCCGAGCGCUUGGCGCGCCAGCGGGAAGUGUCUACAAGUGUGUGUGUGGCGCGUUGCGGCGCAGUGCUGUGCGACGGGAACAUGUCGGACGAGGCCAUGGAGUCCUACGACGGGCUGAGCGACCGCGCGGGGUCGGACCAGGAGAAGCGCAUGCGGCGCGAGAUCGCCAACUCCAAUGAGCGGCGCCGCAUGCAGAGCAUCAACGCGGGCUUCCAGUCGCUGCGCACGCUGCUGCCCCACCACGAGGGCGAGAAGCUGAGCAAGGCUGCUAUCCUGCAGCAAACAGCGGAAUACAUCUAUACUUUGGAGCAGGAAAAAACGCGCCUUCUUUCACAGAAUUGUCAGCUGAAGAGAAUCAUAAAUCAGCAUGAAGGAGAGGCGUCCACUACCUCAAAGAAGCGGAAGUUAGAUUCAGGUCCUGUCACGGUUGUUCCUGCUCCUAUAAGUGAAUCUUCAGAUGAAGGAAUUGGAAGCAUGUCACCAGAACCUGUGAGCAUGAGUGCCACUGGAGGCACUACAGUCCCCUCGGCUGAGCAGGACAGUGCUUCAGAAUUGCUUCGACGUGAAUUGAUUGAUUUGCGUCAACACCUGGAGCGUGAGAGACGCAUUAGACUUUUGCUGGAGGAUCAAGUCAAAUCUCUGGAAAGUCAACUGUACCCUGAUCGUGCUCAACUGCAAUAUCAACAUGAGGUUGCUUCCUGGCCUGAGGAUCCACCUCUUGAAGAGGAUUUGUACCCUGACUUAAAACAAGAAGCUGAGCUCCCUCACACUGUUCUGCAUCCACCGAUUUCUGAGAGGGAUGGACCUCCACCUCGUAGGGAAUCACAGUGUUCCACCCACAGCAACAGAGGACUUUUCAAAGAUGAAGUUGAUGGUUUACCUGCAAUCCAACCGUCAGCGAUAGUGGCAGCGCCUACAAUCAUGUUUACAUCAGAACCUGAGGGCCCUCCACUGCCUCCAUUGGCAAUGCCUGUGUCUGCAUCUCCUUGUCCGUCGCCUGUCCAAACAACACUGUUGGAAACUGUUUUACCUGCUCUUGAACCUCGUCUUCCUACUGUCCUCGAGGCGGCAAUCAAGGCAGAACCCAAAGUUGAAGUUGAAAGAUUGCCUUCACCAUCUUCUGUCACCGAUGAGAACUCUCAGGCCAGGUUGUAUAUCAACACAUCCAGGCAAAACCUCGAAACUAUUGUUGAGGCAAUAAGACAUCUGGAGGGUGACCACCUGUUUAGUGAUGAUCCAUCACCGCACAGACAAACAAUACAGCCCACACCAGUUGCUCCUUUACCCACUGAACUGCCUUCGUCUCAAGAAAUUCUCCAUGAGAGAUUGCAGGGCUGUCUUGAAAAUGAUGCUCAGGAAAUGCCUCUUGCACUCACCACAAGUUCAAGAGCUUUGCCACAGCAAUGUGGAGACCCAAGAAUCCUAAAGAUGAAACUUGACCCGUUCUCAUACCAGAGAACAGCACUACAGCAACAACAGCGACCUGGAGUCAUUGUCGUGAAACACACAUAAAAGGUUUUCAUUGAAAGUAUCUAAGUACUCCCCAGAUUGUCUAAAUUGAUUACCUAUCUAUCUUGUCUAUUAAUGUCCCCUACUUCUUCCCCUUUUGCUUAUUUUUCUUUUAUAAAAUUGUGGAAGAAGCUGCUUGAACAGAAAAUUGUUUUAUUUCUGUUUAAGACAGCAUUUGGUACAAGCCAGCUGAUCUAAUGUUGUUGUUGUUGUUAUUGUUGUUAGGUCUAUAUGUGAGGCCUACACAAGCUAGGUUGAAUUUUAUUAUUUAUUUACUCCUCUUCCCAUUUUUUCUUGCUUUAGGAAAUUUGGUAAAACCUGUGACUGUAUAUUCAGAAUCCAAUCGAUGCAAUUGUUAAGUUAAGACCUAAUUUAAAUGUGAGGAUGAAUAUUUUUUAAGCAGCAAAAGAGUGGUGCAUAUUUAACUGUACUGUUGUGUUAUGUCUUGUGAUUCAGACAAACUUGUCUUGCUGUAUUCUCGCUACUUAUUUUCUGUUAUGUUUCCCUCCCUAUCUAUUGUUUUCCUCCAUCAUUCUUCUCAUAAAUUUAUUUUGUAUACCUGUCAGAGAAGUGAUUGUAAAUAGGUUGUUAGUUUUGUUACAUUUUGUAUGUAGCCUAAUGAUGGCCUUGUUUUAGGAAAAGAACACCUUGUUUUCAUUUCUCUCUAACUUCUUGUUUGCAAAACUACAAGUACGUUGGAGGCUCCCAAAUUGGAGAAUUUAAAACCAUGAGUGAAUGGAUGAGUGAGUGAUAGUGUGUUUGUACACACAGGAUUGGCCCAAGUGCGAGACAGAGUAAUUGUUAGGUAAAACCUGCUUAGUUUAAUUGAGCAUUGGUGUCAUUAAAAUGACAAACCCUAGCUAUUUUAAUUAUUAAGUAGAUUGGUGAUUUGGCUUGACCAUUAGAUGAAGUUUGACUCUUUGAAAAUGAUGUAUACUUGCUAUUCCUAAUUGUUGGCACAGUAUACACAGAUAUUAUGAAGUUUUUGUUAUACUUAUCAUAUAUUGUGAUCUGUCAGCUAAUUUAACAUCACAGAGUUAAGUUGUGGUUAAUGGCUAUAAUUUAGACUUAAAAAAUCAUGCAUUGAUACCCCAUCAACCUUACUUUGUUGCUGUUUUAAUACUGUUGUGUAAUUUUUCUGUUAAUUUUUAAGUUUCUAUGAUUUUAUUCUGUAAUUAGUUGGUGAUUAUGAGCUGUUAUGUUCUAAUAUGGAAGCUGUCUUGCAUCUGGGCCAAUGCAGUAUGUAUGUAUUUAUGAUUGUGUGAAAAGGUGUUAGUUUGUUUUGUAUGUACGAGCAUUUAAUCUAAUCGAAAUGUAGAUUUGUGCUCUUGCUUGUGUGUGAUUGUGGAAGCCUAUGAGUUAAUGUAUACGAUGAUUGAAGUUUGAACUCCUUUCUUUGCGCCUCACUGCUUUUCUUUCCUAUUCAAUUAUUGCAUCAUUACCUUACUUCUCCAUUUCUCAACAGUAUAAAGUAUGUGUGAUUCUGCUUGUAAUUUGUGUAAUAGAGGACAUGAGUGCUUGCAAAAUUAUGUUACAUGAAUGUACAUGAUAUAAUUAUUUAAAUAUCAAGUAUGCUAACUCAGAAAAAAUGUCCCUUGUUUGGGAACAGUACUGAUAAUUAUGUGUUAAGUAACUGCUUUUCAGUCUUAAAAAAACGUGUUGAGCAACUUCUGUGACCAAGUUUAGAGGGUUUUGUCUCUUCUUUUUUUGCACUAGUGUGCUCAUUUGGAAACCCAAGCCUGAUCACAGUAAGCCAGUCAUUAUUUCAGUCUGAUAAAUAAUAAAGAAAGUUCCUUUUUGUAUAUCUUGGCAUCAUUUGUAAUGAUUCACUAUCCUGUGUUGUGUUUGAUCUAAUAUCCAAGCACUAGCUGCAUGUUUGUUCUUGAGAUCAUGCUUGGCAAGACUUGUAACUUAAAGCACUCUAAGAUUUACAGGGAUGUCUCUUCUAGUGCUUUGAAUGUUUUAAGUAAUUGAAAUUUAAUAGUCCUUGAUUCAAAUUUUAUUUUAAAUGUUAUGAAGUAAUAUUUGCCAAGCAUGAUAUUGAUUGCUUGCUGUGGUUUUUUUGCACUGGCUCGUUUGGAGAGGAAACAUGCUGUUAUGAAAUUCUUACUCAAUCUUUGUGUUAAGAAGCACAGAAUCAGAGGCCUUUGUUAAUUAAAAGUUAAACAAGUAAGUUGAGGAGCAAGCAAGAAAGCCAAAGCCUUACUCUUGAUAGAAGGCAUUUUCUUGCAUUUUAUGUUCAUGCAUGUUCCCUUUCCUUUAUAUUAAUUUGCUCAUACAAUAUCUGAAUGUUAGUUAAUCAAAAGUGCUGUGACGAUUGAUUUUCUCUUUAGUGGUUAGCAGUAUCAUUACUUCUCACUAUCUUAGUGUGCCCUGAAAAUGAUCUUAAAUGAAGUUAAUCAUACUUAAUUGAAAGUUUCUGUAAGCAAAUCAAUCAUUGAUGUUUGAUUUUGAUAGUAUUUGCAUCAUGACACAUUUGUUUUCAAGUAUGAGAAUAACUUGUACAAAUGUUCAUGUGAACAAAGAGCAGUAUUUGAAUAUUAUGAGUGUACCUACUUGAUAGUCCACUCAUCAUUUCCAUGUUACAUUUUUCCUAAUUUCUCUAUAAGUACUGUAAAUUGAUGCUUUAUAAUAAUAUUUAUAAUAUUGCUGGUUGCAGCAAAUGAAGGAUUACUAAAAGUUAAGGAAAUUUUCACUUAUGGUUCAAAGGAGCCUUUUUAAAAAAAUCUUUGUGGCUAGGAGGAUGUGUGUUAAGAAUGGAGAGUAGAGGUCUUGCGAAAUCAGUCCACGUGAAAUCGUAGUUCUUUUAGCUCAUUUUUUUAUUGUAUUACUGUAACAAAUUUGUAUUUAAUUAUCUAUUUGUACAACUGUAGACAUUAAGCAUGUGACCAAUGAGGUUCAGGCAGUGUGGAGUGUUGGAUUUCCUUGUAUGGCCAAACUACUCAGUUCAACCAAAUACUCAUUGGUACUAAUUGGACAAAGCAUGGUACGUGAAAGGUGUGGUCUCCUUCAUUAUCGGGGAACACAGCACACAGUCACCUUGUUCAGUAAGAUAGUUAUGGAAAUCCAAUUAAUUUGCAUUGCUUUAGUGCAGGGCAUUGUGUUGCUCAAUCUCCAACCUUUUGUUUUUCUUUUUUGUACCUUCUUAACUGACUCCUCAUUGCCACACAAAAUUAAAGUGGACUGAAUAUCUGUGUUACCAUUAUUUUCAUUUUUUUUGUUUUUGUUUGGUGUGAAAGUUUUACAUCUUCUACAUCUCAUUUUAGUUAAAAUUACUAUUAGACUGCUGUAUGGCAUUGUAAUAAAAGUUUUUUUUUUGUAAUUACAUAAAAUGUUCAUAAAGCUAUCAAUCAAUCAA